AUGGAUUUCCACAGACCAAUUAACCCCUCCAACCUCUUCUCCGCAAACGGGCUUGUGGUCGCAAUUACGGGCGGCGGCAGUGGAAUUGGCCUCGAAAUCGCGGCCGCCCUCCACCAGAACGGUGCAAAGCGCAUAUACCUCCUCGGUCGCCGCCGCGAGGUUCUGGAUAGCGCCGUCAAAACGCUCACAAGCUCCCCAGCCGCACCUCCAGCUGCUUCCGAUGACGUCGCUACGAUCGUGCCGGUGCCGUGCGAUAUCACGUCUCCCGAUUCCAUCAAAGCCGCAGUCGCAAAGGUAGAGACGACUGAUGGAUUUGUUGAUGUGCUGGUCAACAGUGCCGGCGUGAUUGGCCCCAAGCACUCAGACUUCUACGAACAAGACAGUGUUGAGGGCUUGCGAGACGUCAUGCUGCGAGAUUGGAACUUGUGGGAGACGACAAUGGCGACUAAUACGUCUUCUGUGAUUGGGGUGUCGGCGGCCUUCCUCCCGCUCCUCGAGGCCGCCAAUCGACGCCGAGGAUGGGAAGCAGGGAAGCUCACUCGCGCGAGGACUCAGACGCUUCCAGAGAAGGAGGGUGAUCCCCAAGCCAAGGUGGACGAAGAUGAUCAGAGAUUGGCGCACAUUAUCACUAUCGCGAGUGUGGGCAGUUUCAUGAGGAAGCUUACGGCCGGGCUGGCCUACAAUGCGAGCAAAGCGGCAGCUGCGCAUCUGGGCAAGAUGAUGGCUACGAUGUUCGCAGAGUGGGGCAUUAGGAGCAAUGUUGUUGCACCUGGGCCAUACCCUAGCGACAUGACGACAAAGAUGGCGAGAGCAUUUCCUCCCAAUGAGCUUCCCGCCGGAAGAAUGGGCAACGAGCUAGACAUAGCGAGCUUGAUCCUCUUCUUAGUUGGUAAGGGCGGUGCGUACAUCAAUGGCACGGUCCAAGUGACGGAUGGCGGUAGGCUGGGUGUGUUCCCUUCCACGUACUAG